AUAUUAAUUCUCGUUUUCUGUCAAAUUCGUUAAGAUGAUGUUUCCUUGGAUGCUCCUCAGCUUGUGUUUCCUGACCACCUGUUCCAGUUUGCGCAUCGUGGACCUGACCCAUGAACAGAACCAUGCCACCAUAUACUGGCCAGGGAAUCCCGCCUAUAACUUCACCAUCUUAUAUAGAAACGGAACAAACGGCGGAUAUUGGUACGAAAGCAACUCCUUUGCCACAGCUGAACACGGGGGAACACAUGUUGAUUCUCCCGCCCAUUUUUACCAGGGAGGAUGGCGAACCCAGCAAAUUCCAAUGGAAAAGUUAGUAGGGAAAGGAGUCAUCGUCAAUGUCCAAGCCAAGGCGUCCAUAAACCACGACUACCAAGUCACCGUUCAGGAUCUUACGGACUGGGAGAACAGCUAUGGACUUAUCCCAGACGGAGCGGUUGUCCUUAUGAACUCAGGCUGGAGUGAUAAAUACCCGGAUAAAAACGCAGUCUUCAACACUACGACCCCUAAUGACCCCAGCACUUUCCACUUCCCUGGGUGGCAUGAGGAUGCUGUUACUUGGCUAUCUAAGAACAGGAAGGUGAACGUUAUCGGUGUGGACACACCCUCUACGGAUUACGGACAAUCAACAACUUUUCCGACUCAUGUAGUACUUGGGAAAAAUAACAUUAUUGGAGUAGAGAAUGUUGGUUUCUUGGACAGCAUACCUGAGAGUGGAAGUACUAUUUUUGUUGCAGUCGUAAAGUUAUCAGAUGGAAGUGGUGGGCCUGCAAGGGUAUUUGCUAUGGUUGAUGACAAUCAAUGCACAUCCGGAAGUGACGCCCAUUUCUGUCACGUUAACUUGCAUGUACUUGUUUCGAUUUCGCUUAUCGUUGGUCUGUUAACUUUAUAGCCAAACACUGUAAAAUCCUAAAUCACUUGCAUCCCUAAUGAUCUGAUUUUGUCAUCAUUCUAAUUGUCAUUCAAAGUAUAGCUCAGUUGUGCAUAGUAGAUUCUUCCAUUACUUCACUUCCAGACGUGUAAUGUCAGUAAGUCGAGACCUCCCCCCCCCGCCCUUUUUCCCCCAGACGGUAGAUCUUAUUGUUAAAAGUGUUCGUUGAAAGGCUGGUUCCACUUUUGCCUUAGUCAAGAUCAUUUGUGCUAAUGAAAUAAAGUUGGACCUUAGAUUUUUA